AUCCCAUUGGCCCAAUUAAUCUAUUUCAUCCCUGCACUGCGUCCUUGUGUUCAUUGUUUAACAUAGCUACAAACUGCAAACUGGACCAAAAUCUCCCUACUUGUGCAUUCUUAGUUCACUCAGUUUUUGCUUAGGUUUCAAGUUGUAGAAGGCAUUGAAUUGAAUUUUUAGAAUAAAAAGAUGGCAUUGAGGCGCUUCUUAGGGUUUUCUGAUGGUGACCUAAUGAGGUCAGACUGUAAACCUUGCUCGAGAUUAAUGAGGCAAACAGCAGGGGUUUUCUCUGUUGGAGGAGCAUUGGGUUUCUGGAUUCUUUGCAGAUUGCAUUAUGGUCCUAGGAUUACAGUUCCUAGGAGUCUUCGAUGGGCUACUUGCGGAGCUAUUUCUGUAAGUUCAACCACGGCUCUCCUGGUCCGCCUCUUUAGUCCUGAAUGCGAACCACAGAACAUAAUUGCUUAUGACAAAGUGAAAUAGUGUUAUACGUAUCAUGCUUGAUAUUAUCAUGGUUUUGUACGAGUCCAUCCAUCGGUUUUUGUUACAGAAACAUCAAAUCUUUUAUAAAUCUCCUGUUUUAAACACUAUGCUUGAUUCGAGUUACAGUUUCUUGUGUAUAAAAUCAUUACUCAGUUAUAUCUCAAUAAUCCUUUUGAGUAAAUUUAUA